CUUUAUCAAGUGGCGUGUCAUUGGCACAUUGCAACAAGCGGCAUGUCAUUUAUGCAGCGGUUUUCGACCAUGAUGCAAUUUCUUCUGAUGUUAUGAGAAAAUACAACAAUGGGUUAACCAAAAAAUGGGUGACUCAGACUCCGAAUCGGAUGCGGAGUACGCAGGAAUAGAGCAGCCCCCAAUAAUUCACCAGCUGAAGAGGAUCCUGGAUGAGUACAGGAACGAUGUACAGAUCAUCAAGGAGCUCGUGCAGAAUGCAGAUGAUGCAGGUGCUACAGAGCUGAAGGUUUUGUACGAGGGGGACACAUUCAACCAUGAGGAUGGAGGCAAGAAAGCAAGAUACAGGAAGUUCUUUCAGGCCCCUGCUCUGGUGUUCUACAACAAUGCCAAGUUCACAGAAGUGGACUGGAAAGGCAUUCGCCAGAUUUACAGCAGCAACAAGGCGGAUGAUCCGAUGAAAAUUGGCAAGUUUGGCUUGGGCUUCAAGUCUGUAUUUCAUCUAACAGACAAUCCGUGUAUCCUGAGCGGUGACAAGGUCAUGUUCAUAGACCCUCAUCAGGGCAACCCCGGCAAGGUUUGUGUCAGUGUCAAGGUUUGCAAGUUGAGAGGGUGGAAACGUCUCGAUAUUAACGAGUGUUUGCAUGCGUUUAAUGGCAGAUUUGGGUUCAGUGACAAUACUCUUGAUAGUGGACAGUUUGAAGGGACAUUAUUUUGGUUUCCUCUUAGACAUUGUGCCUCAAAACUGUCUGAAAACAUAUGCAAUGACGAGCAGGUUACAAUGCUUUUACGUGCAUUCAUGGAUGAAGCAAAGCGCAGUUUGCUUUUUCUGAAAACCAUCUGUAGUGUGGAAAUGUUUGUACACAAAUCCCAACCUGAAGGUGAAAUUGUGUAUUCUAGAACAAAGGAAUUUCUCUCUGUCAUUGCACGAGGUUAUGAGAACCCGUUCUUUUUUGUAAAAAUCGAAAAUCAUGAUGGAACUCUUGUUGAAAAGAAAAAAGAGAUAUUACAAGAUCUGGAAUCAGUGGGAAGAACUAUACCUGAUCAAACCAAAAUGUGGAUUCAUAAUGUUUUCGUCAAAGUAAUGACUUUUGAACAUAACCAAGAAGAAAAUACUGUUAAGAAUUGGAUCGUUGUAAACCAUUUGAAAGGUGAACCUUUAUCAACCCGUUUCAAAGAACUUUUGUCAGACGAUGAUAUCUGCAAUCCUCACUUGGUUGGCCUUGCUGCACCAAUUCUAGAAACUAACUCUUACGCGCAUGACAGUGGGCAUGUGUUUGUUUAUCAGCCACUUCCUCAGGAGUCAUCUUCUGUGACUGGACUACCUGUCCACGUGAAUGCAUUUUUUGUUCUCAGCCAAAAUCGAAGACACAUACGAUGGCCGGAUAAUAAUGAGAAACAAGCUACUGACAGAAAAAUUGAAUGGAACAUGCGACUUUUAACAGAAAUUCUUCCCGAUGCAUACGCUGCUCUUGUGACUGAACUUGCAAAGUACUCUCAAAGACAUGAGAACAAUGACAUCUAUGUUAAGUCUGUUUACAACGCCAUUCCUAGCUGCGAAAAAGUAAAUGAACGAUGGAUGUGUCUAGCCCAGGCUUUUCUAGAAAACAUUCAGACCAAACCUAUUUUGCUGUCAAAAUCAAUGAAGUGGACUUGUCCUUCUUCUGCAGUCUUUAUUGACAGGGCAUUAAAUGGCUCUUCCAAUAGAGUUUGGGAGCAUGUUGCAGAAGUUUUCAUGGAAGAAGGCAGAUCGCUUGUUGAAGCAGAACCACACAUUGUCAGCUCUUUGGAAAAAGUUAGAUCAGAUCAUUUGACAUAUGUUGACGCGGCUCUUCUACGAAACUUGCUUACAGCAUAUGAAGCGUACAAGUCUAAAAACACUCAAGUGAAAAUUGAUUUGCUUUUGUUUUUGAUGAAGGAAAAUAUACAACUAAUUGAAGGAUUACAACUGCUGCCCCUUGCAGAUGGUGCAUUUAAAGAAUUUGACGCUAACGCUCAAAGUGUAUUCUAUGAAGACCAUAGUAUAGUGCACUCAUUUCCAGAGUUUAAGAACAGAUUUGCUGCAGUUUGUCAUAAGGAAUUGGACCCAGUUUUUGAAGGAGUUAUUGCGUCUGAUCUCUAUCAGAUAAAGAAGCUUUCUAAGGAAGAAACAUUUGAUCUUAUCCAGUGUUCAUUGACGAAACACACCACUGAGCAUGCUCCUCAAGAAAACACACAGUUAUGGAUAACAGAUAUUUGGCAAAAUGUUUUGACAAAAUGGGAAAAUGAUUUAGAAUUCUUUUCUGAAAUACCAAUUCUUCCAGCUAACAUUUUUGUCAAAGGGUUUCAUCACCAACUGGUUUGUCUGAAUGACCUGCUGUUAUUUGAACCUAUGCCAUCUUCUACUGAUUUGAAUGACAUUCUGACUUUGUUAGGAGUAAAAAUAGUGCAAAAUGAAACCAAGGGAAUCCUUGCUAAAGAGGUGGUAAAAACAUUUAUACACCAAGGAAAUGAUGCAGGUAUUACAAAGACCAUAGAACUAAUAACAGAUGCCAAUAUAAAAGCCUUUAACACUAACUCCACCAGUGCUCAGAAGGAAUUGUUGCUUGACUUUCUGUCAUCAUUCAACUUUUCAAACUUUUCUGCCGCAUGCAAGAAGAAUUUGCAAAAUCUAUGUAUGUUCAAGGUGGCUAGACGCGUAAAUGAUUGUGUAGACAAAUAUUCCUCCUUAGUUUCUGGAUAUGAUAUAUACGACAUAAGUGAAUUUCCUGUUGACUUUCGUAAUGAAGUGAUUGUUGUACAUUCUCAAGGACAUAAAACAUUCCUUGAGGCAUUGGGAUUUCAAUUACUUCAAGAGCAAAGAAUAAUACUCAAGAGCAUGGAAAACAUUUCACACUACUCAGAGUCAGAUACACAAACUUUAAUGUUUUGGUGUCUCAAAUAUCGUCGUCAGUUGGUAAUUUCAGAAAAAAAAAUAAACUCUACUGCCAGAGAAAUACCAUUUUUAAAAACUAAUGAUGGUCUUGCUAAACGGGCCAGCGAUGUCUUUGAUCCUGAAGAUGUCAUUUUACAAAGCAUAUUUGAGGAUGAACCAGUGUUUCCAGUUCUGGAUGAAUGUGCACUCAAAACCUCGAUGCAAGCCUUACGUAGUCUUGGAUUAAAGAGUGUUAAAAACACAACUUGCGAGGAUAUAGCACACACUCUGAAUAAAAUGUGUGCAAACAGCUUUUCAACUGAUGUUUCACAAAGAAAGGCAGCAGCGUUAAUGAAAUAUUUGAAUGAAAAUAAGCAUUUAAUACUAGAACAGUUCGCUGAUAUGGAAUGGAUAUUGAUAGACACUGUUGAUGAGUUGUAUCCUGAUUUUAUUCCAAUGAAAAACAGGGAUCAUUUGAUGUCUCUAGUGAAGCCUUCAGUGGUGAGGUCACUUAAGUUUUCUGAUGUGAUUGGAUCAGUUUGCUUUCUUCACAAUUGUUCAAAAUUUGAGAAUCUGGCAAGAUUUUUUUCUUGGAAUGAAAAGCCGCAAAUAGAAGAAGUCGUCAAACAUUUGAUGAUAUUAAUAAGCAAAUACACUGUUGAACGAAAGGCUGCAUGCUUCAAAAUGGUCAUAGAAAUAUACAGUUUUCUUAAUGAAUAUUCUAAAGUUGGAGGUGAACACAUGAAAACCUUGAAGAAACUAAUGUAUAGUAAAUUCAAAGAAGAAGAGUGUUGCAUAUGGAAUGGACAUGGCUUUUCACCAUUGGCUGGCGUCUACAUACAUCAGUCUGGAUCAGAUGUUCAUUUGCCUCGAUAUGUAAAACCUCUUCCAGAAGAACUUCAAGGAAUGAAAAGUCUGUUUUUGGAACUAGGUUGUUUGCCAAGAAUGGAUCUCCAUACUUACCUCUUAAUUCUAGACAAAAUAAAAAGGGGUGCUGAAAGAGAAACCGACAAAAUGUUAGGUCUUCACGAUUCAAUAUCCAUUUUAAACAAACUUAAAGAUGAUUUUGGAAAUGACCUGCAAAAUACUACUGUGCGACAGCAAAUUUACUGUCCUGUACAAACUGAAGACAAUAAAUUGGAAUUGCGAAAUGUAGAAAUGUGUGUUAUACUGGAUUCAAAUGAUUUUCCAGGAUUCAGUUCAUGUGAAGACGAACUUGAAUUCUAUUUUAUUCAUCCCGAUGUACCAAAAUCAACUGUGGAUGCACUGAAUGUAAAGUCAGCAAGGCAGUUGAUGCUAUCCGAUGCUGAUGCCUUUGAGGAAUGGGGUCAAGCAGAGCCACUGACUCGAAGAAUCCAUGUGUUGCUAGAAGAAGGUUAUGUUGAUGGUUUUUCAAUAGCAAAAGAACUCUUACAAAAUGCUGAUGAUGCGGGCGCAACGAAACUAUGCAUUCUUUAUGAUGAACGACAAAACCUUGAAUACCGAACAAAUCUUAUUAGCCCAGGUCUUGCAGACUUUCAAGGUCCUUCUGUAUGGGUAUACAAUGACGCUGAAUUCACAGAAAGCGACUUUCAAAACAUAACCAAGUUGAAUGGAGCCACAAAACAAAGUGAUGCAACAAAAAUUGGGAAGUUUGGAUUAGGAUUUUGUGCAAUUUAUAACUUAACGGAUGUGCCAUCUUUUGUUUCCAGGGACAGCUUUUUAAUAUUUGAUCCUCAUACCAGUUUCUUGGGAACCUCAGCUGGUGGGAAAUGUCCCGGCUUGAGAAUUAAUUUCCAAAGGAAACAAAAUUUAAUGAUUCGGAAACGUAUGAGUCAUCAAUUUGAAGUUUUUAACAAUAUUUUCGGUUGUCAACUCACAAAUACAGAUCAUGUUUAUUACGAAGGUACAUUGUUUAGAUUACCUCUUCGAAGAAGGGGAAGUGAGAUCAGUAAUAAAGUUUAUAAUCAUGAAAAUACUGUGGACCUGUUGACGAAGGUAGUCCAGAUGGCACCUGACAUGUUUCUGUUUAAUCAGUCUGUAACAAAGCUGGAAAUUUACCACAUUGAAUCCAGUUCCACUGAUACUGUUCCUAAACGUGUGUUUCAGGUAGAAAAGAAGCCUUUCCUUUUGACCCCCAUAUCUGUCAGUUCAUCAAUUGUUUGUGCUGCUGUUGACAAGAAAAAAUCGAGGUCUCUUGAAACCCAUCCCUUAAAGUGCUUACAAAAGGUUACGAUUGACUCACAAACAACCAACUCACAACGUCUUAGUCUAGGAAGUAACAAAUUUCAAAGUUCUUGGAUUGUGUCCUGGGCAACUGGUAAACAAAGCAAAACAUUAACGAUGACUGCUGCUUUAGACCAUGCACUACCGCUUGGUGCUGUAGCAGUUCCAGAAGCAAAUGAGGAAAAUCAGUUUCACGAUUAUGUCGAAUAUUGCUCAAUUUCUACAAAAUGUAAAGAUACUCAGGGCCAAUACUUCUGUUUUCUACCACUUCCAAUCCAGCACAGUUUUGAUUUUCAUAUCAAUGGUCAGUUCAGCGUUACUUCAGAUAGAAGGCAUUUUGUAGCUGCAACGCAAGAAGACACCAACACAUCUGUUUCAGAUUGGAAUGAUUGUCUUAUGUCUGAUGUAAUUGUUGAAGCAUUAAUUGCGUUACUUGAAAGUGAUCGAGCCAGAAUUUGCAGCCAAUUCAGUGCUUGGCCUCAUAUUGAAAACACAUCCAACGAGAAAGCAUUCCUGACAAGUUUUUACGACAACAUUAUUUCACAAAACCGAAGUGUGUUUCAUGUUGGCAAUGCACAAAUAUCAUAUUCCAACGCCUGUUUUAUUGAUCCCUGUCUGAGAAAAUCAGAACCAUUAGGGAGAUUGGUUUUUGAAGUGCUGUCACGUGUUCUUUCCGUGGGAGAAUAUCGGACGUUGGUCGAUGUACCAGAACAAGUCUAUAUGCACAUAAAAAGGUGUGAAACAUCGAACAUACAUGCUCACACAAUAACACUUGAUGGUUUUGUAGCUAAAUAUUUUCUUCCAAAUAUAGAUAGAUUUGGUGCGACUGAGCAGUUGACUGUGACUAGAGAUCAGCUUAUGAAAUGCAUUUUAACUAGCAGCCUUGCCAAUGACACUGAUGAAUAUAUUAAACAGAUCGCCUGCAUACCAACAAAGCCUCUAGGGAUUCUAAGAAAGCCUAAAGAUUUAAUUGAUUCUUCAUCCAGAAUGGCAGAACUUUUUCAUGAUCAAGACCAAAGAUUUCCAACUGAAAACUUUUUGGAACCAUUAGUGCACAAAAGACUGGACCAGUUAGGAAUGAUGAAAGAUAAUCUUCCAGAAGAUCUUGUACUCGAACGAGCAAACAGUGUGAUGGUGUUAAAUCAAGCGUGUCAUCUUUGUGCUCUUCGGCGUUGUUCUGCUUUUCUAGAAUAUCUUGAAUCCCAUGAAGAUAUGUUGUCUAUCCAGGACAUGUUUAGCAAACUCAAGAAAAUACAAUUUAUACCAGUAAUGACCAAACCUGAAAAUUGGCAAUUUGCUUGGAAAGGCGACGAAAUCACUUUUCAGAACAAAUGUUGUCCCAAACAUUUGUCGAAUGAGCACCAAGCUGCAUUUGUGGCACCCAGUGACAUAUAUUUGGCAAAAGACAUGCCUCUGCUUUGUUGCAGUUCAUUGAUUAUGUGUGAUAAACAAAUUGGUCGAAAAUUCGUUGAUGGAUUUUUUGAGCGUCUUGGUGUAAGGACAGCUUCAGACAAUGAGCAAAGUGUUGUUUGUGUCAUUCAGCAGUUGGUUUCAUUAGACAAUUGUACAAAAGAAGAACAUGUACGUCCACUUUAUGAUUUUUUGAAUCAGGCAUGCCAUGACAGCCUUUUGAAGAACAUUGUCAAGAGUAAAUUACAAAACCAGAAAGUUGUUUUUGUGGAUCAUUGUUUUGUUUUUACCCUGCAUGUAGCUCAAAGUAGUGUUGUACAUUGCCCACCCUUUUUGUUUUCUUUGCAAAAUACUACACUAGGAGAAGAAAAGUAUUCCACUUUAUGUAAAGCUUUGGAUUUUAAACCUGCUUUUGAAAUUGAUGAUCUGUUGUCAGUUUUAGAUGAACUUAAACAUGACAAGCAAGAAUGUUCAUUAGAUGACAAUUGUCUUAACCAGGUGAUUCAUUUGUUAAAGUGUUUGAAUGACCUUAUGGAAGAAGCUCAAAAAAAAGAGAAACACAUAAAUUGUGUGAUUUAUGUACCUGACACUUUCAAAGUUCUGCGUCCUAGUAAAGAAUUGUGCUUCAAUGAAUUUGACACACUUGGAGAAGAUGACGAUAAUGUAAAUUUUAUUCACUCCGAAGUCCCGAUGAAACAUGCCAAACGUUUUGGAGUACGGUCUAUCAGGCAACAGAUGCUGUCAGAUGCGUAUGCAUUCGAGGAAUGGGGCCAAGAUGAACCAUUGACUCGUCGAUUAAAGGUGCUUUUAGAGGAAGGAUAUGUUGACGGUUUUGCUGUUGGCAAAGAACUGUUUCAAAAUGCAGACGAUGCUAAAGCAAGCAAAAUGUACAUGCUUUACGAUGAAAGGCAAAACGAGAUGUUACGUUCUAAUUUGAUUAGUGAAACACUAGCAGAAUGCCAAGGUCCUGCUCUAUGGGUGUACAAUGAUGCUAGGUUUUCAGAAGACGACUUAAUUGCUAUAACAAAAUUGAAUGGAGGAACAAAACAGUUUGAUACUACAAAGAUCGGCAAGUUUGGUCUUGGAUUUUGUUCCGUUUACAACCUUACUGAUGUCCCUAGUUUUAUUUCGGGGGAAAAUUUUGUCAUGUUUGAUCCUCAUACAACAUUCUUAGGAAAAGCUUUACCAGGAAAAAGCCCCGGUAUACGGUUAAAUUUUAGUAAAGAUAAAAAUCUAAAAGUGAUUGGACGAAUGAAACAUCAGUUUGAUGUUUUUGAAGGAGUGUUUGAUUGUCAAAUCACUCAAAAAAGUCAAUUUUUCAACGGAACUUUGUUUAGACUACCAUUAAGAACACGUGGUUACCAAAUCAGUGAUAAAGUGUACACAAAAGAAGAAAUGGUUGAUUUACUACACAAAAUUGUCGAAAUGGCUCCAAAUAUGUUUCUCUUUAAUCAGUAUAUUUCUGAGCUGAAAAUAUUCCACUUAAAUGACAAAGAAAACAUUUCAAACAUGCAUUUAAUUCAUCAUGUAGUUAAACAUGAAGCAAAGUUUCGACUAACAGACUUACAACUCCCAGACUUACAACUUCCAAUCAUGAUAGAAGCGUCUAACCGAAAAAAGACAGGAUUAUUGCAGCAGAAUCCAAUCCAAUGCGUCCAAAAGGUUACUAUUUCAACAAAUGUGUUUGUUACUGCCAAUAUGUCAAUGGAAGGGAAAACUCAAUCAAGCGUUUCAAAUUGGCUCAUUUCUUGGGCAUCGGGUAAGGAUAGUAAAACAAUAAUGAUUUCUGAGAAGGAAAAAGGUGCCCUCCCCUUAGGUGCAGUUGCAGCGUUAAUUGCAGAAAAUUACGCAGAUGCUGAUUGUGGAGAAAGUCGUUUAUGGCCAUUAGUGGACAUGAAGAUUGCGCAAAAGUGUUUCUUUCAAAAAGGCCAUUACUUUUUUUACUUGCCUCUUCCAAUUGAAUGCAGCUUCCCUUUUCACAUUAAUGCCCAGUUCAGUGUAACAUCAGAUAGAAGACAUUUUAGAUGUAUAUCUGAGGAUGAUAAAGAUUCAUCCUUUGGAAAAUGGAAUGACGCUAUUAUGUCAGAUAUGAUCGUAGAUGCCCUGCUACAACUUCUUUCAUGCAAUAGCUCAAAUGAUCCAUAUUUUCUGUGGCCUUUAAAAUCAAUUGGGUCAAUAGAACCUAAGCUUGUCGAAAGCUUUUAUAAAACAAUUGUCAACUACGAGAACAAGUACUGCAUAUUUAGAGUUGCUGACAAGUUGACACCUUUGAGUAACGUGCAAUUCUUGCACUCUGAUGUUAGAAAGAAUGAAACAUUUGGAGAAGCCAUUUUUGAAAUGCUUGGUUAUCUUAUGGAUGGGAAGAUGUUGGUUGACCUUCCAGUCGAUAUCUAUGAACGUCUAUUAGAGGUGAAUGAAGAGGUCAUUAUGAGCAAAACUGUAACAGCCAAAGAUUUUGUAUUGAAAUAUUUUCUACCAAAUAUUAAUUAUAUUAAACCAGAGCACGAAAACUUACGUAACAAAGUAAUGGCUUACACCCUUACAUUGCCUCCUGACAAUAACAUUGAAGAAUUGAUAUCAUGCACUGCCUGCAUACCCACAGAUCCUGACAACGUUAUGCGAGCACCUAAAGAUCUGGUAGAUCCAAACUCAGAUUUGUGCAAAAUGUUUUUGAAGAAUGACGGCUACUUUCCAUCAGCCCCUUUCACUGAAUAUGUUUAUAUAAUUAGGUUACAGAAAUUGGGCAUGAUGUUCAACAUUAUAAGUGAUGAUGUGCUCAUCGAGAGAGCCAACACAGUUGCAAGCCUGUAUAAAUCUUGCUGCUUUUGUGCUUUACAGAGAAGCAUUUGUGUUAUGAAUUACAUUCAGUCUCGCAUAAAUGACAUCGAAAAUAAUUCUGCACUGAAGGAAACAUUACAAAAUUGCAGGUUUUGUGUAGUUCAAAACAAGCCUCAAGGCUGGGAGUAUGAUUGGCAUGGAGGCAGCAUUGGCUAUGAUCAAAUAUUAUGUAAAGAACAUACAGACAAUUUAAAACCAGUUGUUCUUGCUUGUCCUGUUCAGAUGUUUUCAAAAGAAUCAAAAAAUCUUGUUGGUUGUCAUUCAUUAAUAGUUGAUAAUUCAUAUUCAAUAUUUACAAAAACAAUUGAAUAUUUAGGUAUUAAUCAGUUACAGGGCAAGAAUGAAACGCAUGUGGAACAUGUAUUGAAACAAUUGAAAAUGAUCGUUUGUCUAUCUGAAAAUAAAGUGACAUUAAAAAUGCAGAGAGUAAUAAAAGAUAUUUAUGACUUUAUUGAAAAAGCAUGUUACCAUGGUGAUGCCAUUCAGAAACUUGUUGUUGAGUAUUUUCUUAGUGAGGAUACCAUAUUGACAGGCAAUGUGUUUGUUAAUCCUGUAACAAUUGUUAAGUCUUGUUAUGGAAUUGAUUGCAAGCCUUACAUAUACACUCUUGGGGAAACAUUUUUGUCGGCCAAUACCUCUUUGUGUAAUGUUUUACAAAUAAAGGCAACUUGUACCAUUGAUCAACUUAUUAGGAUUCUGAAAAGUAUUUACGAGGUAAAAGAAGAAAGUAAUUUGAAUGAAGAGGAAUUUCGCCAUUGCAAAAAUCUUGUGAACUGUAUUGCUCAUAUUAUAAAUAAACAAGGACUGUUCUUUGAUGAGAUUUUGAAGGAUGUAGGCACAAUCUAUGUACCAGACACGGACAUGAUCCUGCAACCAAGUCAUAAGCUUUGUUUUGAUGACUAUGAUUUCAUUCCAAAGAGUGAUAGCAUGAUUUAUGUUAAUUGGGAUAUUUCAAAGAACACUGCGAAGGCGAUUGGUGUGCGUAAGAAAAAAAUGAAACAUUAUGAAGAAAACUCGAUUGAUAUAGAAGGCAUGGAAGACUUUUACCAACAAGAGCCAUUAAUAACACGUAUCCAAAGGCUUUUAAUAGGUUACCCUCCUGGAGUUGAACUUCUAAAGGAAAUACUUCAAAAUGCGGACGAUGCAGGUGGUACUGAAGUCUGUUUUGUUUUGGAUUAUGAAUUUCAUUCGGAGGCGAAUCUGCUUUCGAAGACGAUGCGACCACUUCAAGGCCCUGCAUUAUGUGUUUAUAACAACAGUGCCUUCACAGAAGCAGAUUUGAUAGGUAUAAAACAGUUGGGUAUUGGAAGUAAAGGUGAUGAUCCACUUCAAAUAGGCAGGUAUGGGGUUGGAUUUAAUGUUGUAUAUAAUAUAACUGAUACACCAACAUUUUUAACAAUUGGAGAAGAUUUAAAAACAUUGUGCUAUUUUGACCCAAUUGCUGAAACAAUUCCCGGAGUAAAUCAAAACAAACCAGGUAAACGUCUGACAAAUCUGGACAAAUUCCGGAAGCAUCACCCAGCAUUGUUCAGUGGUUUUCACGAGAGUCAUUUCUUUAAAUCUGGCAAAGGUACAAUGUUUCGACUUCCACUGAGAACAAAACCAAGCUCAAUCAGCUCUAAUGUGGUCACAGUCGAUAUAGUUCAAGCACUUCUGAAUGAAUUUCGCCAGUACAUGACUAGAAUACUAUUGUUUUUAAAGAAUAUUGCAAAACUAUCGAUUGUUGAAUAUAAACACGGUGAUUAUAAGUGCCUUGCCAGUGUACAAAAGACAUGUGACAAUGACAGCGCAGCUACUAUGCUAGACUUUUCAGUCAAAAGUGCGGAUCUGUGUAAGAUGUACAAAGAGUCAAAAGAGUUGAUAACACAAUGUCAGCAGCAUGUAUCAUCAUUUAGAGUUACCGUGUUGCAUGAAGAAAAUGGCACUCCUGUUCCUAAACAAAAUUACACUAUUGUGCAGGCAUUAGGUUUCAGACAGACACUUCCGGCAUUGUUGAAAGAAGACAUUCUUCGAGGUUCUAUUGCACUUUUACCUGUUGGGGGUGUUGCUUAUAAAGAAGAACUAGAUAAUACCAUCAAUGACCAAAGUAAUGUAUAUUGUUUCUUGCCGCUUCCUUUGAAGUCUGGACUUCCAGUGUAUGUGCAUGGAUAUUUCGCUCUUGAUCAUGAAACACGUCGCUCUUUAUGGAAUGCGUCAGAUGAACUAAAAUGCACCAAAACUCUAUGGAACAAAUGUUUGAUAGAAGAUGUAAUAAGUGCAGCAUAUGUACGGCUCAUCGGUAUACUUAAGGAACGUUUCACGAGCACAUGUGAGCGUAAAGACAUAAGUGAAUUUACAGUUACUCAUCGGGUUGAACAGAUUUUAAAUGUAUAUCCCCUCAAAUCGAAAGUUAAUGGUACCUAUUGGGAGUGGCUUGUGAAAGGAGUGUACUCAAAAUUGGAAAGUGAAAAACAGGAUUAUUUACCUUCAUACAGAAAAGAAGUAACACAUUCAUUCUCGUGGCCACAAAAGUCAGCUUUUUUGCGAUUGACGUGGUUGUGUGUUCAACCCAAAGAUCACACAUGUCCAACCUUGUUCAAAGAUGGUGCUUGUGACAAAGCCGAUGAUUACCAUUUGGACAAUAUAUUAAUGGACAUUGGAUUAAAAAUUGUGUCUUUAAAACCAUGUAUUAGAGAAAGCAUUGAGUUUGCAGGUGUUCAAUGCAUUGACCUCAAACCUAGAAAGGUUAUUGACUUUUUGAUGUCGUUUUGUAACAAAAAUGUCACAGACUAUUGUAGAAUUGAAACAGACAUUGAUGUAGCAAAGUCCGUUUUAUGUUCAAUGGACAAUGUUAGGAGACUCAUCAACUACAUUGCCAAAGACAAACCAUAUUUUGAACAAAACGUUUCUCAAAUUCCUGUUGUGGUAUCAGAGGAUAACAUCAUCCGCUGCCUUAACAACAGUGGUUGCAUGUUUGUCACCGAAUAUUCAACUUUGUUUCCAAACAAGAAGCAUUUAUUUCUUCACAAUGCAUUACUUAAUAAUUUUAAAUCAUUAUGCGAUAAACACGAACACCUUAAAUUAUUCACAUUGAAAGAAUUCUCCAAAUUGGCCCACUGUGCAGAAUUUGUUCCAAAGGCUCCAGGAAGAGUUAAGAUUGAGCCAGAAAUUGGUGAGUGGUUGAAAGUAUUUUGGAUAUUCUUUCACGAUUGUUUUAACACAAACGAUGAAGAAGAACGAGGCCAUGAUAUAGAUAUCAAUGCUGCUUCUGCAUUAUCAGAGGCGUUAUGUGAAAUAGAAGAAUUUUUAAUAGUUCCUAUUUGUGAACCGAUGUCCAAAGAAAAAUUCUUAUGUUCAUCUAAAGAAAUCCCUAAAUUGUUAAAUGUAGACUCGUUUCAGUUGAAUUGGCGCACUGCGUUUACAAGAUUGAAUAUUCCUCAACUGGAUAUUAUUUUGAAAGCUCAAAGUAGGUUUUAUAACCGCGGACAGGAUGCCUUUGAACUUUUAAAUACUGUUGUUCCAAAUGUGAACGCGCCGAAUGCAGUUCUUAAAAGUCUGGAACAUAACACACAGCUGAUAAACAAUGCAGAUGUAUCAAAUGAUGAUGUCAAGGCAAUAUUAGGGUAUUUCAAUCAAUGUUUGACAGGUACACAAAUACCUGAUAUUUAUUGUCUUAGGCAUUUGAGGUUAUUCAUUUCCUCAGGAAAUGAACGAGUUGCAAUUAGUGAGUUUGAACGUGCUUACAUCAUUCCAGGUGGCAUGCCAUUUCAAGGGUUGCAAACCAUUAUACUUAAAUCCAAUAUGCUUCUAAUCACAGCAGAUAAAGCAAUAAAUCUGUUAAUGAAAACGCUUGGCUUAAAAGAGGAAUCAUUGACAGAUGUGUACAUUCAGCAUAUCAUACCAAAGCAAAAGCAGAUGUCACGGGAAGACUUCUACCACCAUGUUUUUUUUUUAGCAGGAUACAUGUGUCACAAAGAUAUUGUGGUGCAUUUGUCAAAUGCUGACUUCAUUGAAACAGCUUCUAAGUGCUUUGUGACGGUAAGACAAUUGUUUGAUCAUGAGAACAAAAUAUUCAGAGAAAUGUGCAGCAUGGAAGAAUUCUUGCCAAAAGAAUUACAAGCUUACCAUGUGGGGUUACGAGAUUUAAUGUUGAAAUUAGGGUUACAGGAUAAACUUAACAUUCAUUUAUAUGAACGUUUUGCACGAAAAAUUGAAGAAAUGGCAAACAGAGCUUUGGAUAAAACUGUCAAAGAAAAGGCCAUCAGUUUGCUUGAGCGUUUAGCACAAGAAGAUGUUACUUUUUUCGAACAAAACAAUUGUGAUACUUUGUCAAAUAUCAAGUUUGUGACACCCAAAAUUGUCGGGCAAAGAUUGCAGAAGCUACAUCCACAAUACCAAUCUAAAGGUCUUGUUUCAUUGUCGGAAUGUGUCACAGAUACUAAAAGUUAUAUUUGUUGGACUACAUGUAGUAUUUUUCCUCACAUAAAAAUGCAUCCAAUUGCCUUUGAUCUUCUGAAGAUUCAAUCAAAACCAUCGCCGUCUAAAUGGAUUGAACAUUGUAAACAAAUUGGCUUAGGUUUGCAAAAGAUUUUGUCAUAUAAUCCAUCAAAUGUUGAUGUAGAAACGAUACAACAGGUUUUGGAGGCAAUUUACAAAUCAGUUCAUGAAUAUGGAACAUGCGCCAAAUCUUUACAAGACAUACCAAUGGUGCUCUUCCUUGAAUCAGGCUUACUAGUUCCUGCAAAAAAUAUUUUAAUUGAAUGUUCGCAAUUUGAUGAAAUAAAACCUCUUUUAAUGAAGGCUCCAGUAUGUUUUGGGUCCUAUUUUAGUUCCUUUAUAGCACUUGGUGCAAGGAAAAAGCCUGAUUAUCAAGAUUAUGCUAACAUCUUAGAUAAUCUUCCCCAUGAGGAGCAAUUGAGUCCGUUAGAAUUGCAUAAUGCAUCUUUAGCAGUGACAUUAUUCUUCAAACAUAUGAACAAAAGCGAUGAGAUUAAACUGCAAAAUCUUCAUCUAUUGUGCACAAAUGAUACCAUUCGUAGGGCAAAUUAUUUGGUAGUCAAUGACAGACCACAAUACCGACGUCGUUUAAUGGAGCUGGACAACCAUUUGUUAUUUGCAGCUGUAGACCUAAGUGAUAUUGACGACCAAUUGUUAAAGCUUCCUAAACACAUCCGACCAUAUCUGUUGAGUGAAUUAGUAAUUGAAGAUAUUGACUUAAGUAGGAUGCAAAUCAUUCCUAAUAGUCAUAAAGCAUCUGCAAUAAAAGAAUACCUCCAAAGCGGUAUGUUCAAAAAUAGUAUUGUUAGAAUAGCUCGAAAGUCUUGCCAAGUUAAAGGAAAAACAUGGGACUCAAACAAUGAAGUUAUCUUGAGUAAACUAAUGGAUUGUAUAAAAGUGAACGAAGUGACAAAUAUGUUCACUGUACUUAAAGUGUUUUAUCUUGAAAAUGGACAAAAGUCAAAGACAGCCUCAUUUAUUGAUGGUACUAGGCAAAAUCGAAGCGUACAUGUUCAUGAAGAGGAAAACUCCGUAAUUUCCAUCAAUUUCUGCACUAAAAAGAGUUUAUGGUUUGAUACAUUCAGACGAGAAGUUGCAUUAAUAUUGAAGAAGCAUGUUGGUGGAAAGCGUCAUUUAGUACAGGAAAUUUUAAAUUAUAAGUUAGAUUCUGAUGAUCUCCUAACAAUUCUUACUGAAAAUAAUAUUCCGCUUUACAAUUCAAAACUCUGCAGACCCGUGGAUAAAAGUGAAGUACCAGUUCCAGGUGACUUUGUGCAAAAGAAAUUCCACAAAUUUUUGAGUAGAGGGUAUGGUGUUAUUCCAGAACACGAUUAUGAAUUCAUUGCCUUGCUUGUGGAAGAUCCAGCUUUACAGGAAAAUGAGGAUGAAAUUGAUACUUCUUCAACUUAUAUUUAUGUACAUGUUAAGAAAAGGAACCCAGAAACUGUACAUGAACUGCCAAUUUUUCAAGAAUAUGAAAUAGAUAGUGGGGAGGAAAACAGACAAAUGGUUAAAGCUUUUUUAUUAUACCGAUUUAUUCGUGAAGAAGGUAUGAAUGUAUCAAAUGGAAAAAGUUUGGUUGUGUAUGAUCGAAUGGCAAAUGAAUCACCCGCAAUUGAAUCUGAACCUUCUCUAAUUGAUGUUUGCAAGGAAGUUAGACAGAUAUUACAGGAGUCUCUUAAACUGACAGAGUCUGAAAGAAGGCAUGUAAUAAAACGUUUGAUGUUCAAAUGGCAUCCUGACAAGAAUCCCAAUCGUGUGCAAAUGGCCACAAAGGUAUUUCAGUAUAUUCGCCAGUGUUUAGAUCUUAUGAAUCAAGGAAAGAGUCUUACAGAAUUCCGUGAUGAGAAUGAGGAUUUUACUGAUGCUCCAGAAAAUGGAUAUAGAGGAUCUGAUAGUCAUAACUGGUAUGACAGAUACUGGAAAAAACAAAGAAAAAACUACAGUGAUGAUGAUUGGUUUUUCACAACUCGAUCAUCUGGAGCAUCAACAGGGAGAUCAUCUUACAGUUCGUCAUCAAGUGGUUUUUCAUCUUUCUCCACUGGAUUUUCUUACCGACAUGAAGAGGCUCCUCCAUAUCCCUUCCCAGCUGAGGCCAAGAGAUGGCAGCGGCAGGCUCAAGCCGACCUAGAAGAAGCACAGCGGACUUUUGAUUACAACGGAUAUCCUAACUGGAUUUGCUAUAAGGCACAUCAGGCUGCAGAGAAGGCAUUGAAGUCAGCAUGGUACGCGAAAGAUGCCAAUAAAGUUGGAAACAUCAAAAACAGUCAUGAAUUAACAGCAAUUGCAAUAGGGUUAGAUGGUCAGCUGACGAGCCUUGCAGGGCAGAUCUCAGCUAUCACUGGCCACCACACCCGCAUGCGGUACCCAGACAUGGUGCAUGGUUCAAUCCCUGCUGAAGCCUAUUCAAGAGAGGAAUCAUUGAAGGUCGUUGAGUUGGCACGACAAAUAAUUGAUCAUGUUCAAACGCACUUUUUAACUUAAUUGCAAGGAUCAAUUAGUUAAACUUUCAUUAAAGGGACAAUAAACCUUAAAUGAUGUAAUUGAUAAAAUAGUUUAUAUGCAAACAAUUAGAUGUAAAUAUUUGUGAAGAAUCUGGUUUUAAGAGUUUCAUGUAUUAUGUGUGAUUCAUCUUUUGUGCGGAUUUUUUUUUUGAUGCGCACAGUUUGAAGUAAUAUGUGUGAUCCAUUUUUUUGUAAAUAACAAGUUAUGAUUGAAUAUGAUUUAUAGUUGUUGUAAAUUGGUUUUAAUAUUUAUUAGCAUCAUACUUUUGGAAUAUUGUGUUUGGAAAUUGUUGUAUUCAUGUUGUAAUAUUUCCUUACGAUUGCAUAUGUAAAUAAUGUGUUUGAAUAUAUACUAUGCUUUUUUACAGUGCUAUAGGAUUUCACUGUAAAAAUUUAUAUGUGAUAUUCUGUUGAUUACUUUUUAAGGAUUUAUUAAGUAAAUACUAGAGUAAUUCAUUCUAGUAAUAAUAGUAUAGGAAUUCACGUGUGUAUAUACCCUUUGAGCAGAUGAAUUUUAAUGAUUGCUAAAUGAUUGCUAUUUAGCAGAGACGUCUCUGUAUUUAGGAAUAUGAAUAAUGCUUUUGCUAUAUUUGUUUAUUUGUGUGUACAGAUUUUGAAUAUUGAUAUUUGUCUCGUUAUGUGUAAAUUAGCGUGUAAAUUAUGAUAUUUGAAAGCCAUGCGCUUUAGGUGUGCACAUGUACACAAUUGCGUUUCAUUAUUUGUUCAAAGUAUGUUAAAUGUUUCCAUGUAAACAUAAUGUUUUGUAUACAAGCAUUUAUAUAAAUAAGGCUAUUUUGUUCUUUAAGAUAAUGAUUUUGGAUAGUGAUACUGUAUUGAUAUAAAAUGAGUCAUAUAUGUACAUAAUGUUCAGAAUUGCUCCUGUAUAUGAUAAGUUGUUUUUAUGCCCCCAGUAGGGUGGCAUAUAGCAGUUGAACUGUCCGUCAGUCCGUCCGUCUGUCCGUCCGAAAACUUUAACAUUGGCCAUAACUUUUGCAAUAUUGAAGAUAGCAACUUGAUAUUUGGCAUGCAUGUGUAUCUCAUGAAGCUGCACAUUUUGAGUGGUGAAAGGUCAAGGUCAUCCUUCAAGGUCAAAAGUUAAAAAAAACAAUCCAAGGGAAGUAAGAAGCUUUAAAAGGGAGAUAAAUUCUAAACCUGCCAAAUGAUUUAUUGAAAUUUUAUUUCAAAGUGGCGAAAUAGGGGGCAUUGUGUUUCUGACAAACACAUCUCUUGUUGUUUUUAACCAGGUUUUCCGAAGGAAAAAACUGGUUAUUAGAUUGCCGAAUGUCGGCGGGCGGGCGGGCAUAACAAGCUUGUCAGGGCCGUAACUUUGUCGUUCAUUGUGAGAUUUUAAAAUCAUUUGGCACAUUUGUUCACCAUCAUUAGACGGUGUGUCGCGCGAAAGAAUAACGUCGAUAUCUCCAAGGUCAAGGUCACACUUUGAGUUCAAAGGUAAAAAAUGGCCAUAAAUGAGCUUGUCCAGGCCAUAACUGUCAUUCAUUGUGUGAUUUAAAAAUCAUAUGGCAAAUUUGUUCACCAUCAUAGGACGGUGUGUCACACGAAAGAAUUACGUCAAUAUCUCCAAGGUCAAGGUCGCCACAACUAAAAAUAGAUUUAUUUUCAAACAAGGGGGGGGGAACUAUUAACAAUCAGUUCAGUUUGAGUUGUCUCCCUUUAUCAGAAUUUUUUUUGCAAAUUGAAAACCUGGUUUUGUGACAAUUUUGUCCCUUGUCAUUGUCAUAAAUUUAUUGAUUAUGUAAAUAAAGAUUUUUGGCAAUAAAUCAAAAUGAUUGCAAUUUUAUAAUUAUUUAGGGAAAUUAAAAUGAAUAAUAAAUUUUCUAUAAUUAUAACAUUGUAAAUACAAAUAUGACUUAUUUGGUAUAGUAACCACAACAUAGAAUUCAUGUAUAAAUAAUUGGUUUGUAUUAAACUUAAAUAUGCUGUAGAAUUGCACUUGUGUAUAUUUACAUUUCAUUAUUCAUUUGAAUUAUGCUUCAUAUUUGCACAUAAAUAAAAUAGAAUGCAGAUUUUGCAGAUAUGAAUGUACAUAAUUAAGGCUAUUCGAUUACACAAGUGUAUAAUGAUUGUUGAUAUUUAAAAUGAUAGAAACAAAGGACUUGUAAAUAAUGAUUAAUCUAUGCAAAUAACGAUAAGAGUUGAUCAUGUAAAUAUGGAGGUUUGCAUUUUAUGCAGAUAAACUUAAAUGAUUGUCAUUGUAUUUAAUGAUAGUUAUUUGAAUAAUGCUAAAUGUUAAACUGAAGAUUUUUAUAAUGAUUUUGAAUAUUCAUAAUAAUGCUAUAUGAGUGAACAUACAUAUAAUAUUUGACCAUGACAUGACAAAUGUUAUAAAAUUGCGCUUGUGAAUAAUGGUGUUGCUAUUCAUAUCAAUACUGCUGUACAAGACAUGCAUGUAUAUUUCUUCAGUGAUUCAUUUGAAUAUCACAGUAAAAUUCUACAUGUUAAGUUAUACUUUUGAGAUCCAUAUAAAAAACGGAUUUUACAUACAACACUCAUUUAGGAGAUCCAUAUCAAAAGUUCAUAUAUUCAUUCAUUUGUAAUACUUUAAUUAAUAGUGUAAAUGUAUUUUGAAUGAAAAUUACACAUUUUUGGAAAAAUCUGUCAGUGCAAAGUUUGGUAUUGCUUCUGAAAAUACUGAUUAUGGUUGACUUUAAUUGGGAUGUGUAAAAUGAGUGAUUGUUUUAAAUAUAAAGUUGAAUUUUGUUUUGCAUAAUUGUUUAUAAUUAUAUGCGUCAAUUCAUAUGUUUGAACUAUGAACAUAUAUUUUCCUCCAUGUAUUAUAAUUUGUUUCCUAUUACUAGUACUGUAAUAAGCAUUGAAUAUAUGUUCAUUUGAUACUGUUGAUAAUGGUAUUCAGACAAUUUGAAACAGUGAAACUGAACUUUUAUUGUUACAUAUAUGUUCUUUUAGUAUUGCGAUGUAAACACUGCAGCUGUUGUAAAGUGUUGAUGUUCUUAUAAAUAUGUAUUGAAAAUGCUGCUUAUUGUGAUACUUGUGAAGUUAAUACAACCGCAUAGUAACGUAUUUAUUUCCUUAUCAAUUUGUAUCCCUGUAUUCCUGGAACAGUGUAUGUCAUCACUCUGUGAUUGGCUUAGAGAGAUGACAUGCACAGCCCUAGGUAUAGCACACAGUCCUUAUAGCCACCCUUCCCCCCAAACUGUCAAAAAAAGUUCCUAUUUGACUGAAAUGCAUAGUUUUUCAAGCAUUAAUAUGAUUUAUUGAAAAAAAGAAGGGGUUUUGAUCAAUUACCAAUAUGCAGUUGCAUGUUUGUUAUGUGUCAUACAAAUGGGGAAAAAAAAUGCCACCUUAUGUUGUUUCUUCAUAACGAUUAUUUUUCUUUUGUUGUAAUGUGUUUGUUACAUAAUCAUGUUUAAUUUUUAUUAUUUUCUGUUUUGCAACUUUCUUCUAUCUUGUUAUUUGUAAUAAAUAUGUACAUGUUUAAUUAUGAUAUUCCAAUACCAAAAGCAAAACCACAAUUAAUGCAAUUUAAAUACCAGAAAAAUGAAUCACAGUCAAAACUAGAGAGAGUGCUUGUCCGAAAUCGUUAAACUUGUAUAAUAAGGUAUGAAUGUAAAAAUUACUUUAUCAAGUAUGUAACCUGAAAGAUUCAGGUGACAUUCGAGUUUUACAUUUACUUAAUGUUUGUGUAUUUCUGGAGUCUUUCAAGGGAGAGUCAUUAUGUUGUUAAUGGGACUGUGCAUACAGUAGUUGGUAUUCUGACAUGUCAUAAAUGCCAGAGAGUGCCAUUUACUUGUGAAUAAUACCACAUUGAUUACUGUUAAAUAACAAAUAUUGAUUUAUUGGCCUGCAUUUUAUAUUUUAUUUAUAAGUUUAAGUAUUACUCCUUGGCAAUAUUUGGAUUUGUAUUGUUGUUUUAUGUUGUUUGUUAAAUGUUUUAUGCCUGUUCUUUUUAAAUAUAUCUCUUGACUCAACUUCUUCCACUCUGCCAAUUACUUUGUUGAUCCUUUUAAUGAUGAUAAGGCGGCAUAAGUUUACUAUAUUCGGAGAUUUUUGUCCAUCAUGUGCUGUGUGUAUAAUGUGUGCCUUUUGUAAUUGCCUUUUCUGAAGUAUACAGACUGUAUUAAAAAUCUUGUUUAGGGUUUGGUGCCUUGAUAUGCACUUUUCAUGAUUAAAAACCCGUUUUGCAUCAGACUUUUUUUCAUGGUUUGUGUAUUAAUCGUAAAAUAUUUUAUUACAAAUAUUUUAAGAAUAUGUGUUGAGUUUCAUAAUGAUGUCACACUUCAUUAGUAUAUGUAGUUGGGAGUUGGAAGUUACUUUAUUGUUGCUGGCAUAACUGGUACAAUAAGGCUGUUUGGAGAAAUUAUGUAUGCCUUAUCUUAAUGCUUGUUACUCAUAAACACUUGCUUAAGUUGUUUUUGUUAGGGAUUACACUUAAUAAUUUAUGCACAUUCCUUAUUUUUUCUUCUUGUAAGAUACAUAUUUUGUGUUAUCAAUGUAAUGUAUAGUAUUAUUAAAAGUAUUAUGUACUUAUAGUUAUAUCAAUAACUUAACUUCGAUUGAUUCUAAUCAAUCUGAAUUAACGUGUUGCCCUUGGGUUAAUUAUAGAAGCAAAAAAAAGAUAUAACUCUACAUAUAACUACCUAUAAUACUGUAAGCAAUUGAUUCUUGAUGUCAUAAUGUUUGUCUUUAUCGAAGAAUGUUGUUUAUUGGUGUAUUACCCAUGUUCCGAUUUUUUGUGCAAGUUUGUAAGACAUAAUAUUUUGUUCGACACAGAUCACCCGAUUAAGGAGCAAAACUUAUACAUAUGUAACUAACAUGCAUUAUAUUAGAGAAAAUUAUAUUUGGUUCGCUUAUAUGCCAGGUCAUUUGUGUGUUUUAAUAUAUAUAUAUAAAAAAUAAAUACUGCAACGUUGUUCGUUGCAAGAUGGUCUAGUAUAGUUAGCACAUAAGGGAUGUUUUGUUUAGAAAUUUUAAGAAUACAUGCAUACACAUGACGUGAAUUUCCGUAUCUUCUUAUGUCCCCCAUCACUAUAGUGGGGGACAUUGUUUUUGCCCUGUCUGUUUGUUGGUUGGUUUGUGUGUUUGUUUGCUCCAACUUUAACAUUUGCCAUAACUAUUGCAAUUUUGAAGAUAGCAACUUGAUAUUUGGCAUGCAUGUGUAUCUCAUGGAGCUGCACAUUGUGAGUGGUGAAAGGUCAAGGUCAUCCUUCAAGGUCAAAGGUCAAAUAUAUGGGGACAUAGUGUUUCACAAACACAUCGCUUGUUUCAAGAUAUAUAUGACGUGGUCUAGAGAUGAGGAUGUGAAAUAUAUGCAUGUAAUGUAUUUUAAUUACCUGUCAUUGUGCAACAGGAUUUGUUGUAUUUACAAUUCCUUUUUAAUUACUGUAUAAGUAUUAUACUUACCUAAGUCAUCUAUCCAUCUUUUUAAAUUACAGUCUCUAAUGUCUUAUAACAUAAACAAUACAUUUGUUUAUUUUUUAUCAUAGUAUUUUUUUAACAAUUGAUGGUUUUAUUAUUAAUUGUUUUGGAACAAAUUAAUAAUUAAAAAGAUACCAAACACAACUCUACAAUUAUUAACAAUAUUUUAGUACUUUUGAAGUUGUUAUUGGAUUAAAUAAAAUAUUAUUUAUAUUAGUAUUACAGUACAAAACAAAUAAUAUAAUUCUCCCUUCCCCCCUCCUAUACUUAUAUGGUUUGCAUAACAUGUUUCGUUUCAAUUAUGUUACAUGUCAGUUAUGUUACAUGUCAGUUAUGUUACAUAUCAGGUAUGUUGAUACAAUAUGGGUUUCUUUCUGUAAUACAUUUCGUAAUAAAUAUAUAUUUUGUUA